AUGAGUGUGUCCACGGGGAUCCAAGAGGCGAGAAAGGCGUUUGUGAGCCCCGAGCAUGGCCACGACGACCUGGUUGAGCUUCUCUGGAACUGCCUCGGGCCCAGCCCCCAUGGCGAUCUCGAUUACAAUGGCCUGCAGCGGGGUUUCCGGCGGCUCGACCACCGUGAGCCGACACGCAACUUCAAUGCGAUAAGAGAAGCUAGAUUGCUAAUUUUUUUCUUUCUUCUUGUAGCGAUGAAGAAUGCAGACUCGAUGGUCAAGAAGAUUUUGACCGAGGUCGACAGCAAUGGCGACGGCAAGAUACAGUACCAAGAGUUUAAAAACUUUGUCAAGCGUGCCGAUACAGAACUCAUGUCACUGUUCCGGGCAAUUGACAAGGAUGGCAACGGAAAGCUCGACAAGGCGGAGCUCAAGGCCGCCUUCAAAACCGCCGGCCUGACCGUCUCUAACAAGAAGCUCGACUGCUUCUUCAACGACAUGGACGUCAACCACGACGGCUACAUAACAUAUGAAGAGUGGAGAUAUUUCAUGCUCUUUAUGCCCGCUCACGAAGCCGACGAAAAGCUGCAAGCCGUGCUAACAUAUUACGACGCCGUGGUAAAUGUCACAUCUGAAGGCGACUCUGUCGUGAGCGAUGAUACUUUGGAAGGCUUAGCCACCCCUAUGCCUCCUCCCUCUUCUCAAAACACUUCACAACUAUAUGGUGCCACGCAACCAUUAUCAGAAUAUUCGUCAUCAUCAUCAUCAUCAUCAUCAUCAUCAAAUGGGGAGGAGGCAGUCAUGAUUUUGAUGGAUGAUGACGCAGAGGGAGUGGCAGAUGCUGUCGCGAAACUACAAAGAAGAAAACCUAGCGAUGGCACCCCGAUAUUUGAUGAGACGACAGCUGGCAAUGUUGGGCUUGAAACCAGAUCUUUUAAACUGACAGACUUUGCCCCCCAUCCAGGUUACUUUCUUGCGGGUGCCAUUGCUGGAGGUGUGUCGCGAACUGCAACCGCGCCUCUGGAUCGAUUAAAGGUCUAUCUUCUCGUGAACACGCAAAACCGGGGCGAAACAGCGGUGGCGGCUCUCAGGAGAGGGAAACUGCUGGCUGCUCUACAAAAUGCUGCGCGGCCUUUUAGCGAUGCCAUCAGAGAUGUGUAUCGGUCUGGAGGAAUACGCGGCUUUUUUGCUGGCAACGGGCUAAAUGUGGUCAAAAUCAUGCCUGAGACGGCGAUCAAGUUUGGUUCGUACGAAGCAGCGAAAAGAGCUUUUGCAAACUUGGAAGGUCACGGAGACUCGCAAAGAAUCAAUACAUUUUCGAAAUUCACCGCUGGCGGGUUAGCGGGGAUGAUUGCGCAAUUCUGCGUGUACCCUCUUGAUACCUUGAAGUUCCGACUGCAAUGCUCUACGGUGGAGGGCGGUCUCAGCGGCGUGGCGUUGAUGAAACAAACGGCCAUCAAGAUGUAUGCGGACGGCGGCAUCCGGGCCGGGUAUCGCGGUGUGACGAUGGGCUUGGUAGGCAUGUUCCCAUACAGCGCGAUUGACAUGAGCACGUUUGAAUUUCUCAAAAAGACGUACCGCACAAAGCUUGCCAAGGAGCUCGGCUGUCACGAAGACGACGUGGAGAUUGGCAACGUGGCGACGGGCAUCAUUGGGGCGACAUCGGGCGCUUUUGGAGCGUCGGUGGUAUAUCCUCUCAACGUGGUGCGAACGCGGCUGCAGACGCAAGGCACGGCGAUGCACAGCGCGACAUACAACGGCAUCUGGGACGUGACGCAACAGACGAUACAGAGGGAAGGCGUGCGGGGUCUGUACAAGGGUUUGACGCCGAACCUGCUUAAGGUGGCACCUGCGCUGAGCAUAACGUGGGUUGUUUAUGAGAAUUCGAAGAAAAUUCUCGGAUUGCAGUAG